CUGAUAAGUAAGAACCAUAGACUUGGGCUACUAUCACGUGUAGCACAAGGUGUAGCAAACUUAGAUGCUUCUUCCAUUUGUUAUGUUUCUACUUACAUAAAAGUGGUAGAGGAUUUGAAACUACAAAUCCUACACCAAAGUGUAAGCAAGCACAAGAGUUAAAAUAAUUUACAGAUUACCGCGAUUGACCGCGUUGAAUACUUGUGGCAACUUGAGCGACUAGUUACUGUUUGAUAUCUGCGGGAGUAAUCAUUUCAGCGAGAUAAUAUUGAAAUGGCAGCAAACACUCGAUCGCGUAAAAAGGCCGUUAACGAAACCGAUCAAAACAACACGGAAAUACAUGCAGAUCUUUUAAAACGUGCCGAGAAGAACCGUCAGAAAGCUUUACUGUUGAAAAAGGCGAAGCUGAUCGCUCAUCCUUACGCGAAAGAGGACAACAGUGACACGGUUACUGGAAGACUCGUCAAAGUAAGAGGUCAACGUGUAAUCGAUAGCGGAGGUGGAUUCCUCAUUGAAGAAGAUGACGAGCUUGAGCAACAAAUGCUAAAGAUCACAUCCGUACCAGCACCAAUUAUAAGUAAACUGCCUAUAUGUAACGAGUGCCUGGGUGAAUUCAAAGAUUCCUAUCUCUUCCAGACCUUCGAUUUAUUGGUUUGCGAUAAGUGCAGAGACAACGAAGACAAACAUUCUCUAAUAACAAGGACAGAAGCAAAGCAAGAAUAUUUGUUGAAGGACUGUGACCUUGAUAAAAGGGAACCACCUUUGAAGUACAUCGCAAAAAAAAAUCCACACAAUGUACGAUGGGGCGAAAUGAAGAUGUAUUUGCAUCUUCAAGUAGAAAAACGUGCCCUCGAAGUUUGGGGUUCGGAAGAGGCUUUGUUAGAGGAAAGAGAAAAACGAGAUGUCAAAAGACAAGAAGGAAAAAUCAAGAAAUUUAACAAAAAGGUGAAACAAUUACGAAUGAAUGUACGGAGUUCUAUGUACGACAAAACAAAAGCAUCGCACACUCAUGAGUUCGGCGAAGAUACUUACAAUGAGGAGGAUGAUAAUUAUUCCCAUACCUGUGAAACAUGUGGCUAUGAAGAAGUAUAUGAAAAAAUGUAACCCGAUCACACAAUUGCCGUAUUGUUUGGAAAUAAUUGAAAAUCCAAACAUCGUUUCUUUUUGUAUGCGUACUAUCAGUUUAUUUAUUUUCACCUGAUGACUAGUUUUACGUUCGAUGGUUGGGAGACAUAUUCUACAAUUUCACAACUUCAAUUUCAUUUUUUACUACAAAUUCUUUCAUACAUGUAUAUAUUAUAGUGUCAACUGUACAAUAAAAUUCUCGAAAGAAGUGGAUUUGACGUAUUUGAUACAUCGCAUUCUGCUAGCCUACAUGAAUAUAGAUGAAUGAAGGAUUUUUUUUUAUCAUUGUCACGAUUGUUUUUGGCCUUGUAAGAAAUUUCCAUUUCACAGACGUGAGCUGCUGACUAUUCUAUCAGCUUUGCAUAUGAAUUGAGGAGUUCAUGCUUUGGUAUGUGAAAUCAAGAGUCUGAAAUACAAUGAAGAAAAAAAAAAACAAAUAGUCGAACAAGCUUUGCACAUUACGUAUUUCAUUUUAAUAUCAAGUUCAUCCAUCCGCAACUCUUCGCUAGAACCUCAAUUUAUAGAUGCAUAUAUUGGGAUGCAUAUAAUGUGCUUAGUUGUAUUAGGCGUUAUGUUGUAGUCAGUUUUAAAUAAUAUCUCGGAUGUGAAACAGUUUCCUUCUUGUAAUUACACCCGAAGUUCCUAAACUUUUCUGUCUAUCUUUUCCUAUGUUUAUUUGAAACAGUUUGUACAAUUAUUGUAUUUUGUAUCAAUAUAUUAGCACUAUCUCGAAUAAAAUGAAUUAUUUAUAGUCUUGAAAUCUUAAUGCACAAUGCUUUACUGAUAAGUGUCAGAAAUUGUAAUAUUUCUUUGCUGAACUCUAGACAAUAAUAAGUAUUCUUACACUUUUAUUUAUUGUUCUGCGUUAAAGCAUUUCCAACUAUGUGUUUGGAGAUCCUGCUUUAAUGUAACAUAAUGAACGGUAUUCAAACAAUUCACAAUUUCGAAACUUUGGGAUAGUGAAAAUCGUAGUAGAGCAUAAGUCAUGAUGCAAUCAAGGCGAUGCAUCUUCGUUUUCUAACUGCAGACCCUACAAACUAAUUAUAAAGUUUCGAAAUGGUGAUUUUCUAAACAUAUUUUGUUACUUUGACUUGAUAAACUUCUACCUUCUUUAACGACAGGGUCUGAACGCACUUAAUUUUUCGUACAUCAAUUUUUCUUUUUGCUACUUAAUAUUUUCAUAGUUAUUGCAAGUCUAAUUCUGAAUAAACAUCCGAAAAAUAACAAAUUUAAAGCGAUUUGUGUCGAACUAUGCACUUCAACAUUGUAGUACAGUUUUCAAAUACACCGCAUUAUAGUCGUUGCAGUGUGACUGCAGAACCAUAAGAUAAAGCUGUUUCAUUUGUUUAUUACCAGGGUUCGUACGUUUUUUGGAACCGAAAUUCCCUGACUUUUCCAGGUGUUCCAGCCUGAAAAUAGGAGUUCUUUCAGUAACCUUCCAAGAAAUAUGCCGCUGAUUAAUGACAAUUUUUUUGCAUAUUAAUACUAAUACCUUCAAUAUUACCUAGUAAUUAAUUUACUGUCCGAUUACUAAUUUACAAACAACAUCCAGCGAUUUU